AUGGAGGAUAGCAUUAUCAUUGCAGAACAAAGGGACAGAGGGCUCCAAAGUAAAGCAUUACGAGAUAUAAUCAAUGGAUCUAUCGCAGGAGCCAUUGGUAAGACAAUUGAAUACCCUUUCGAUACCAUCAAGGUGAGAUUGCAAACGCAAGACUCGAAACUUUUUCCAACCACGUGGUCUUGCAUACAAUAUACUUAUAAGAACGAGGGUAUAAUGAGAGGAUUCUUUCAGGGUAUUGGAUCACCAGUGUUUGGAGCAUCAUUAGAAAAUGCUGUUUUAUUUUUUUCUUAUAAUCAAUGUGCAGCACUUCUGGAGAAGCACACAGAAUUCUCGCAGUUACAACAAAUUAUCACUUCUGGUGCCUUUGCGGGAUCAUGCGCAAGUUUAGUAUUAACACCUGUGGAAUUGAUCAAAUGUAAGUUGCAGGUCUCAAAUUUGCAAAAUGCUGCAAAGGGCGAAACAAGGCCUACACAAAUCAUACCUACAAUAAAAGCUGUUCUUAAGGAAAGAGGACUUUUGGGUUUAUGGCAAGGUCAGUCAGGCACCUUCUUGAGAGAAUCAUUUGGUGGCUGCGCAUGGUUUGCCACUUACGAACUGUUGAAGGAGUACCUGAAAAGUACCCACAAGGACGGUAGUGAUGUUUACACUUGGGAGCUGCUUGCCAGUGGUGCAUCCGCAGGUCUGACAUAUAAUGCAAGUAUUUUUCCCGUCGAUACCUUAAAAUCAAUGAUGCAAACAGAGCAAAUAGGAUUAAUUGACUGUGCCAAAAAAAUCUUUGCAAAAUCAGGUAUCAGUGGAUUUUAUCGUGGGCUAGGUAUAACUUUAGCGAGAGCAGUACCAGCUAACGCAGCCGUCUUUUACACCUAUGAAUCACUGUCAAAAAUGAGUUUUUAG